AUGGCAGCCAUGUUCAGCCAGAACCCGUUGAUGAAUGGGCCCCACUACGCAACCACCGAUGCUCCCAAGACCAACAACUAUCGAGAGCAUCGCUUCUACCCAUACACCGACAAUGGCGGUUCCACCCUGGCCAUCUCCGGAGCCGACUUCACCGUAAUGGCGGGCGAUACCCGACACACCUCCGGUUACAGCAUCAACUCUCGCAUGGAGCCCAAGUUGUUCAAGAUUGGCGGCACAACUGCCGACCAGCACGAUGCCACUAUCGUCCUCUCAGUAUGCGGCUUUGCCGCUGACGGAAAUGCCCUCCGUGACCAGCUCGACACCGUCUGCAAGAUCUACCGCUACCGCCAUGGCAAGGCCAUGUCCGCCAACGCAUGUGCCAAGCGCCUGUCGACCAUUCUAUACGGCAAGCGAUUCUUCCCCUACUACGUUCAUGCUAUGUUGGGCGGGAUCGACGAGGAGGGCAAGGGUGUGGUCUACUCUUACGACCCCGUUGGUAGCUACGAGAGGGAAACAUGCCGAGCUGGCGGUGCCGCGGGAAGUCUGAUCAUGCCCUUCUUGGACAACCAGGUCAACUUCAAGAACCAAUACGCACCCGGAAGCGGCGUGGGUCACAACCUACAGGAGCGUGAGCGCCGACCCCUCCUCCUCAGCGAGGUCGAGACGGUUGUGAAGGAUGCCUUUGACGGUGCGGCUGAGCGUCACAUCGAGGUCGGUGACAGCCUACAAAUGUUUAUCCUGACAAAGGAUGGUAUCGAGGAGAAGUUCCUGCCCUUGAAGAAAGAUUAA